AUGGCCGUCGCAGAGUACGACUUCCUCUUCAAGUUGCUGCUGAUCGGCGACUCGGGCGUUGGCAAGUCGUGCCUUCUCCUUCGCUUUGCCGACGACUCGUACACGGAGAGCUACAUCUCAACCAUCGGCGUCGACUUCAAAAUCCGGACCAUUGGGAUCGACGGCAAGACGGUCAAGCUGCAGAUCUGGGACACAGCAGGGCAAGAGCGCUUUCGAACUAUCACCUCUUCCUACUACCGCGGCGCGCACGGCAUCAUCGUUGUCUACGACGUGACGGAUGCCGACUCCUUCUUCAACGUGAAGCAGUGGCUGCACGAGAUCGACCGGUAUGCGAGCGAGGGCGUCAAAAAGUUGCUGGUGGGCAACAAGACCGACCUCGUCAGCCAGCGCAAGGUGGAGACAGCCGCGGCAAAGGAGUUUGCCGAGUCGCUGGCAAUGCCCUUCCUCGAGACGUCGGCAAAGAGCGCGAGCAACGUCGAGCUCGCAUUCCUCAAGAUGGCAUCCGAGAUCAAGGCGAGCGUCUCUUCAAACCCAAAGCUCGGCGCGCCGGCAGCGCCUGUCAAGCUGGGAGGGGGCAGGCCCAACCCGUCAGCCGGCUGCUGUUGA